AUGCCGGGCGUGCAAGGGAGAAAAUCGCAAAAGGUCGAUAUUGACUUUACCUUGAGGAAGGUGUUUGGAAGAGACAAGUUCAGACCAGUCCAACGAGAAGUGGUCAUCGCGGCACUCGAAGGCCACGAUGUCUUCCUCCAAGCAGCCACAGGUUUCGGAAAGAGUCUCUGCUUCCAACUCCCUGCCGUCGUCGACUUUGGUAUCACCAUCGUCAUCUCUCCACUUCUCGCCUUGAUGAACAACCAAAUCUCGGCUCUCCGCGCAGCCAACAUCAAAGUCGAAACCAUAAACAGCACAACCAGCAUGUCCGUGAAGAACAACAUCCUCAACGACUUGAAGAGCGGACAUCCCCUGACGAGACUACUCUACGUCACGCCCGAGUACUGUGCGAUGGACCACUUCAGGAGAAACCUCCGAAUCGUCUACGAGCAAAAGGAGCUGGCCAGGAUCGCUGUCGACGAAGCACAUUGCAUAUCAGAAUGGGGUCACGACUUCCGUCCCAGCUUCAAAGAGCUGAAAUUCUUCCGCGCAGAGUUCCCCGACGUCCCAGUCAUCUGCUGUACCGCUACUGCAACAAGUCGAGUCCGAGACGACGUAAUCAGCACUCUCGGCCUGGACUCCACCAAGCUCAAAAGCUUCACCAUGACCACCAGCCGUCCCAACCUCCACUACGAACUCCGCUUCACCUCCGAUGAAGAAGACCGCUACGACAACUUCCUCGCCUGGCUCAAGUCCACCCACGCCCGCCGCGCUAACAACGCCGCCCGCUCGCAGGAACUCACCCAACGCAACGAACGGUCCACCAACGUCCCUGGCAUCUGCUACACGUGGUAUCGAAAAGACACCGAAGCCCUGACCUCCCGCCUGCAAAGCGACGGCAUCGGCGCCAAAGCUUACCACGCUGGCCUCUCCACCGAACAGAAAGAAGAUCACCUCGAAGGCUGGGUCAAGAACAGAGAAGGCUACGACGUCAUCGUCGCCACCACCGCGUUCGGCAUGGGCAUCGACAAGGAAAACGUACGGUUCGUCGUGCACUGGCAAAUCCCGAAGUCUUUCGAAGGGUACUACCAAGAAGCCGGCCGAGCAGGACGUGACGGCAAAGCUUCCAUCUGCAUCAUGUACUACAGCCGGGAAGACCGCGAUCGAGCAGCCAGCAUGAUCCAGCGGGAGAUGGAGAAACAGAACAAUGCGAAGGGACAAAAUCGACAGGCGAUGAUCAAUCGAGGGAAGAGUUUGCAGGCGUUGAUUCAUUAUUGCGAGAAUGUGUCAGCUUGCAGACAUGCGCUGAUCGCGAAGUAUUUUGGGGAGGAGGGGACUCCGCCGUGUGAGUGGGCGUGUGACUGGCAUAAGGACGCGAAGUUGUUGGCCAGGAGGAAGGACAAUGGGUUGGCGAAUGAGGAGUGGAUUGCCACGCAGAGGCAGGCGGGAACUUAUGAUAAUACGAAUUAUGAUGACCUGUGA